AUGGACGCACUUUUAGCACGAUUAAAAGAACAGGAAGAAGAGGUCAAACAGCUUGAAGCACAAUUAUUUAGUCGACCAGAAUUUAAAGAUAAUCGUAAAUUGGAAGAAUUACGAGCUGAAAAUGAUAAAUUAAACUAUCGAGCAAAUAUUCUCGUUCGAAGUAUCGAGGAUUUAAAAAAACAACCACCUCAAGUAAAUGUCGCAGGAUCUAAAUCGGCUGAUAAUAAAGAAAAACAACCACAACAAUCUGAAGUAAAAUCAACCGAAAAGAAACCAGAUUCACAUAAAAAAUCAUCUGAAUCAAAGCAGAAUGAUAAUAAAACUAAAAAGUCAACAACUCCAGCACCAGUUAAAACUAAUUUCACUGCUGGAGCAGAAGGUGAUAAAGAUCACUCUUGUCGAAUACUUGAUAUUUUAGUUGGUCUUUUUGAACAAUCGAUUCGAAAAGCUUUUCCUGGGGAUACAACUCUUCCAGUUCUUGUUGUACCUGCACGACAAGCUGAUUAUCAAUGCAAUUCAGCUAUGCCUAUUGCUCAGAAAUUAUCUGCGACUACUGGUAAAAAAAUUGCACCAACAGAAGUUGCAAAAAUAAUUGUUGAAAAUCUUCCUAAACAUGAUAUGAUUGAAAAAAUUGACUAUUCUGGACCAGGCUUUAUUAAUGUAACUAUUUCUCCAUCAUUUGUUUCGAAACAAAUUCGAGAUAUUUUAACAAAAGGUGUUUUACCACCAAAUAUUUUAACUAUGGUUGGCAAAUUAGGUAGCAAUGGUGAAAAUAAAAGACCUAAAGUUGUUAUUGAUUUUUCAUCGCCAAACAUUGCUAAAGAAAUGCAUGUAGGACAUUUACGAUCAACUAUAAUUGGUGAUAGUAUUGCUCGUCUACUUGAAUACACCGGUUUUGAUGUACUUCGAUUAAAUCAUCUCGGUGAUUGGGGUACACAAUUUGGUAUGCUUAUUGCUCAUUUACAAGAUGAAUUUCCUGAAUAUAAAACUGUAUCACCGCCGAUUGGUGAUCUCCUAGCAUUUUAUAAGGCAUCUAAAAAACGUUUUGAUGAAGACGAAGAAUUUAAAAAACGAGCAUAUGAAUGUGUUGUUAACCUUCAAGCAUAUGAUCCAGAUAUAAUUCAUGCAUGGAAAAUGAUAUGUGAUGUAUCUCGAAAAGAUUUCGAAUAUAUUUACAAAGAACUUGAUGUUAAAAUAACUGAUCGAGGUGAAUCAUUUUAUCAAGAUCGAAUGGUGGAUCUUGUUAAAGAACUUGAUUCUAAAAAUUUAUUAAAAUUAGAAGACGGUCGUAAAUUAAUGUUUCUACCUGAUAUUGAUGUUCCAAUGACAAUUGUUAAAACAGAUGGCGGUUUUACAUAUGAUUCAAGUGAUAUGGCAACAAUAAAACAACGUUUACAAGAAGAAAAAGCUGAUUGGAUUGUUUAUGUUAUUGAUUCGGGUCAAGCUCUUCAUAUGCAAUCUAUUUUUGCUGGAGCAAAAUUAGCUGGAUGGACUGAAGAAAAUAGUGCUCGAAUUGAUCAUGUUGGAUUUGGUGUUGUACUUGGUGAAGAUGGUAAAAAAUUGAAAACUCGAUCCGGUGAAGCUGUUCGUUUACGAGAGUUACUCGAUGAAGGUAUUGAACGAUCAUUGGCUAAAUUAAAAGAAAAAAAUCGAGAUACAGUAUUAACACCAGAAGAACUUCAAAAAGCUCAAAAAUCUGUUGCAUAUGGUUGUAUUAAAUACUCUGAUUUAUCUCGUAAUCGAAAUUUUGAUUAUAUAUUUUCAUUUGAUCGAAUGCUUGAUGAUCGAGGAAAUACAGCUGUCUAUUUACUUUAUGCUUAUACACGAAUUCAAUCAAUUGCUCGAAAAGCUGGUAUUGCUCCUGAAACAUUAAAAGCUAAGAUGCAAGAUGUUGAACUUGAUUUUGCAAAUGAAGAACAAGAAUUAAAAUUAGCUAAAUGUAUUAUUCGAUAUCCCGAUGUAUUUACACGAGCACUUGAUGAAUUAUUAAUGAAUGGUUUAUGUGAAUUUAUGUAUCAAUUAGCCACAGCAUUUACCGAAUUUUAUGAUCGAUGCUAUUGUGUUGAAGUCGAUAAAGUAACUGGUGAAAGUCGAAUUAAUUACCGACGAAUACUUCUUUGCGAAGCAACAGCAACAGUAUUGAAACAAUGUUUUGAAAUUUUAGGUAUUCAACCAUUAGAACGAAUGUAA